CACAGCGCAUGGCAGAUCAAAUAUGGCUACACAAGGUGAGAAUUUGCAUGUCUCCGACAACACCCAACAGCAGAUGACUCCACAUCAUGAAGAGCGUCCAGACUACUCCAAUGUUAUGAAUACCACACAGGAACCGUUGAUUGAACAAGAUGAGUUUCAGCAUGGUAUAGUCGGAGCGGGAGUUGUGAACACUGUGACUGAAGAAUUGGAAGCUAAUCAAAUGAUAUGCUCUGAUGAGACAAAUGAGCUCUUGAAUCUAUAUGAGGAUUAUGUAAGGGAGAAACAGUCGACUAUAGAACCCACAGUUGUACAAGGAGUGACUACCUUUGAAAGUACUGAACAUUUAGAACCUGAUUCCGAAAAUGUUACGUAUAAUGAGGAUGAGAAGCAUAAUGACUUUAAAUCUGAGCAACAGAGAAGAAGAAUAUCAUGUGAUAAAGUUUAUUCAUGUGAGGUAUGCAGUAAGACAUUCGAGUCCUACAAUACACUGGAAUGCCAUAUGUCAGUCCAUAAUGAACAGGAAAUAUAUUCGUCUAAUGAAAAGCCAUACACUUGUGAUGUAUGCAGUAAAUAUUUUAACAUAAAAUCAAGGUUACAACGGCAUUUGAUGAUACAUAGUGAUAAGAAGCCAUGUAGUUGUGAUGUACGUAGUAAAUAUUUUGACAUAAAAUCAAAGUUGCAACGGCAUUUGAUUAUACACACUGGUGAGAAGCCAUAUAGUUGUGAUGUCUGUAAUAAAUGUUUUAAACAAAAAUUUUCUUUGCAACGGCAUAUGUUGAUACAUAAAGGUGUUAAGCCAUAUAGUUGUAAUGUAUGUAGUAAAUGUUUUACACAAAAAUCAACAUUGCAACAGCAUUUGUUGAUACAUACUGGUGAUAAGCCAUAUAGUUGUGAUGUAUGUAGUAAAUGUUUUAACAGAAACUCAACAUUGCAACAGCAUUUGUUGAUACAUACUGGUGAUAAGCCAUAUAGUUGUAAUGUAUGUAGUAAAUGUUUUACACAAAAAUCAACAUUGCAACAACAUUUGUUGAAACAUACUGAUACCAAGCAAUGUUAAAUGUAUAAUUUAUGUAGGUAUAAGUAAAUAUUUUUAAGACUAUUUUCUAUACUACUUAGAAUGGCAAACAAGCUGACGGCCCACCUGGUGGAAAAUGGUAACCGUCGCUUAUAGAUAUGAGCAGUACCAUGGACAUAACAGUACACACACACUGUUUCGCCCAUGAUACCCCCCAUGCGUUGCUAUUCCUGAGGACUCAGGUGUUAUUCCUCUGUACCCUGUAAAUUCAUGCCAUAUCCCACCGUUCAAACCGAAACACAGCCAUGCAAACACAACUGCUUCACGAUAGAAACACGAAUGGGACAGAGGUACCCAAGCAAUCGACUUUUGUACAAAGUCUCCCUAAACAACAUAAAGUCAUAUUUAACACGACGUUAUUUGAUAUAUACUGGUGAUGAGCAUAGUUGUAAUGUAUGUAAUUAAAGUUUUAAUCAAGAAGCAAGUUUAACACAGCAUUUUUUAAUACAUACUGGAGAUAAGCCACAUAGUUGUAAUGUAAGUAGUAAAUGUUUUAGUAAAAAAUUAAAGUCUGACAAAGCAUUAUUUAAUGCAUACUGGCAAUAAGCCACAUAUUUGUGAUUUAUGUAAUAAAUGUUUUAGAAGAAAAUUUAAUUUAACACAAUGUUUGUUGAAGCAUACUAAUUAUUUAAUAUUUAACAUGUAAUCCAUGUUAAAUGUAUAAUUCAUAUAGAUGUAAGUAUUUAUAAGACAAGAUAAAGUUCAGAGAUACAAAUAGCAGUACCUUUAGUAACAAGCAUUAUGUUUGACAUAUCACGUGAUUAUAUAUAAGUAUUGUGGAAACUAGACAAGACAGGCGUGACAGAUAUGUAUGUAUGUAUGUAUUGUGGAAACUAGUAGAUGUCAUUGUAUAUCAUAAUAUGUAGAUGUGUGUAUAACAUAACAGUUUUGAUCAACUUAUUUUUAUAUGAUAUGAAAUUAAAAAAUUUGAGUAGAAAAGACGUAACUACCACUUUUGGUUAACAUAAUUUAAUCAUGUUGUUUCAUUCAGAAUUGAACAAUCUUACGAUCUGUGUAUUUAUUAAAUAAUGAAUUAAAAUUCUUUGACAUUUUAUUUGUUGUAUUCUUUUAUUCUUGUACAUAAAACAAUGCAAAAGACAAUUUUAUCGCUCAUUCGUAACGUAUGUGUAUAUUUGUAACGUAUUUAUAACAUAGUUCUAUGAAACAGGGGGGAAAAUAUUGUCAGUAAAACUAAAGGGGUCUAACAUUGCCGUUGGGCGUUUUUAUACUUUUACGUGGUACCUUCACGGUAUCGUACGAUUUUACCGUCACGAUACAAUGGCAGAGUAAACUGUAUGCAUUUCUAUGUAGACGCUUUUAAGCAUUCUAUGCAAUAAUAAUGUGGACGUGCACGAUCAUGGCAUUGCCAUAACCUUUCCGUGGCAGA